UAUUUAAACUGGAGGCCCGGUCCUUUGUUCUGUCUCCUGAUUCUGCACCUCUGAUUGAAGACAUGGCUGCCACCCUCUGUGUAACUGUCCAUUCUGAGGCAUGGAGACCAUGGACCUUCACUGCCCAUCUGGGAGACAGAGUAAAUAAGAUCAAUGAACAUGUCCGAUCUAAGACCAAGGUUCCCGUGCAAGAUCAGGUCCUCCAGCUUGGCUCAAAGACCCUAAAGCCACAGAGAACUCUGUCAUCGUAUGGCAUCGACAAGGAGACAACCAUCCACCUCACCCUAAAGGUGGUGAAGCCCAGUGAUGAGGAGCUGCCCUUGGUUUUGGUGGAGCCUGGUGAUGACGGGCAGAGGCACGAGCUCAAGGUGCGAAGGUCCAGCUCAGUGACCCAGGUGAAGGAGAUGAUCAAGAUGAAGACCGCUAUACCCCCUAAGGAGCAGAUUGUGAACUGCAACGGAAAGAAACUGGAAGAUGGGAAGAUCAUGGGAGAUUAUGGCAUCCAAAAGGGCCAUUUACUCUUCAUGACAUACCCCUGCAUUGGUGGGUGACCAUCCUGCAGAUGGAGUGAUAGGAGAAGCAAAAGAUUUGGGAAGGACUGGGGACGAAUUCUGGAAUAUGUCUAAACUAUUGAUUCCUUCAUUCUAGCAUGAUUGAAUAAUUGGCCAAAUUGCAUAUAUUUGAUAUGUUAGAAUACAUUAGAAUUUCAAGGCCUAUUAGAGAUGACAUUCAAAACCAGUUGCGUUUCAUCCUGUCUUAGUUUUGUCUGAUUCAUAGAAAAACUCCUAUUUCCUUUCCCAAUCAACAAGAUAGAACACUAUAAGCUGUGAUCCGUGUUCUUCUCAUUAGUGUGUUGCAUCUAUAUUUAGCUCAGUGUUCCUUCUCGCAUAUGAUUCAAUAAUCAUUGAAUCAAACUGACACUCUGCCUGUAGACAAGAGUGAAAUGACUUAUGAAGUGAUUUAUUUACUGUGACAUAAUGUUAAUAAAU